GAUGACGUAUUUAAGAUAUCAUGUCGUUUGUUAUUCGGAACAAUUUUAAGGGCCCUAAUAUGCUUCUUGGUAUCUUUAAUUAAGUACUAAAGUAUGUACGACACAUCAUUAUUUGAUUUGUUUCACUGAAUAACUCUUUUUCAAUUUCGUUUCCAGUGAUAAACAUGGGAAAUAGCAACGACACAAAUUAUGGUGGCGGCGGCGGGGGAGGAGGUUGCAAUGGUGGGGCGGGUGGUGGUGGUGGAAGUGGUGGUGGACCUGGCGGAGGAAGAGGAGGAGACGGAGGACGUCCAAGACAGAACGGUCAGGAUGGUCAAGAUGGUGUUAAUGGCGGUGGAGGAGGAGGUGGUGGUGGAGGCGGGGCAGGAGGAGGCAGAGGGGGGAGAGGAGGUCGUGGAAGUGGAAAUGGAAGAGAUGGACAGAACGGACAAGAUGGAAGUUAUUAUUAGACGACAAACUGAUGUUAACAUUCAUUUAUUCAUUCAUGUUUAUAUAUUUAUUUAGAUAUAUAUUUCUAAAAGAGAAUAAUGGAAACGUUUUAUUUGUUUAACGCUCUUGGAGAUGAAUAAUCAAAAUUAGAUUAUUUUAUUCAGUUAAUUUAGUUAAACAAUAUUAACAAUAUUUGUGUAAAAAGAAACAUGCAUGAUUAAGUAAAAUAUCGAUAUAGAUUAUUCACUUUUAUACUCACAAUAUUAUUUUUCGAUACUAGUUUAAUAUCCAACAAAUGUGGCCAUUUUCAUUUAAUAGAAAAUAUAUGCAUUGGCUAUUGAUUAUCAAAUGCAAGACUUAUAUAUAGAAGUAUGCAUGUUUUAAAUAAUUUCAGUGUUAUAAUUAACUAAUUCUUACACUCAUUUAUAAUUUGAAUGUUUAUACGAUGUAUUUGUCUACACAAAAUAUGUCAAUAAGUU